AUGGAGGCCAAGGCUGAUCUUUUUGAGCCCGACAUGGAAAAGAACCCUUCAGAUCUAUCACACAACACGGACUUCGCCCAGGCCGAAAUCCAUACUACAAGUGCAGUGUUCCUCGAGCAGGCCGGCACCAAGAGAAGAAUCAAGUCUCGCCAUGCUCAAAUGAUAGCCAUUGGCAGUGCCAUUGGUACAGGGCUUUUCCUGGGUGCUGGCGAAGCCCUAGCCAGAGGUGGCCCUGGCUUCCUGCUCAUCAGCUACUGCCUUAUGGCCAUCUUGGUCUAUGGCGUUUUCACCGCUAUGAUCGAACUCACCUCAUUUUUGCCCAUUUCGGGGGCCUCGAUAGCUUACUACUCUGGCCGUUAUGUAUCGCCCUCCCUGGGUUUUGCUCUUGGAUGGCUUUACUUCUACUCCUUUGCUAUCAUCGUGGCCUACGAGCUCACCUCCGCCAGCAUCCUCAUCAACUACUGGCCGAACGAUGUGCCUCUUGCUGUCUGGCUCACCAUCUUGCUAGUCGCCAUUGUGGGACUAAAUCUGUGCCCAGUGCACAUUUUUGCUGAAUCGGAAUUUUGGUUCGCUGGGAUCAAGGUCCUUAUGAUUGUCGGCCUCUUGAUCCUGUCCAUGGUAAUCAUGCUAGGCGGGGGACCGACGCAUGACCGUUUGGGCUUCCGUUACUGGAAUGACCCCGGUGCCUUUAAUGCCUAUAUUGUCCCUGGCAGUGAAGGUCAGUUCACAGCUUUUCUAUGGGUUUGGGUAUUUUCAGGGUUCUCCUUUUACUUCGGCCCUGAACUCCUCGUGUUUACCGCAGGGGAGAUGAAGAACCCACGCAAGAACCUUUCGAGGGCUUCCCUCCGAUACUGUAUUCGACUUGCUGUUUUCUAUAUUCUCGGAGCUCUCGCUAUUGGGGUGACCUGCCAGUCUACUUCCAGUGGCCUAACAUCUGGAAGUACUAACGCCAAUGCCUCUCCGUGGGUGAUUGCUAUUCGCAACGCGGGCAUCUCGGUUCUACCCUCUGUGGUCAACGCGGGUAUUCUUACCAGUGCCUGGUCGGCAGGAAAUUCAUAUCUUUUCAUGUCUAGUCGAGCCUUAUACUCCUUGGCAGUGGCUGGCAAUGCGCCCAAGAUCUUUGCGAAGUGCAAUCGCUAUGGCCUGCCUAUCUACGCAGUCCUUGCUAGCAGUUGCUUUGCGCCUCUCUGCUAUCUGGACUGCAGCACGCAAACCGGGGUGGCUUUCAACUGGUUUGUGAGCCUUACCAACACAUCUGGGUACACCUCGUGGAUUGUGUGCUGCAUCGUUUACCUACGCUUCCGCAAGGCCCGUCAGGCACAGGGUGUUACAGUGCCUUACACUUCAAAGAUCCAGCCAUAUGCAGGAUGGAUCUGCAUGUUUACUUUCUUUGUCUUGCUUCUCUGCAAUGGCUUCACUGUCUUCUACCCGGGCCAGUUUACUGCUAGUGGCUUCUUGACCACAUACCUUGGAAUUCCGCUAUUCUUGGCGUUCUAUUUUGGCCACAGGCUUACUAUUGGCAGAAAAUAUCGUUGGGCCUACAAGCCGGAAGAAGUUGAUUUGAUCAUCGGUGUUGAAGAGGUCAAUGCCGACGCGGAAAUGUGGACUCGAUUGGAGAUGAUGGAGCAGCAACAGAGGGGCUCCACUAACCCAGUAUGGAGGGUGAUUUCCGCGAUAUGGCAGUAA